CUCCUCUCUCUCUCUCUCCCUCUCGUGUGAACGCGGACUUGUCAUUCUUUUCCAACUCCCGUUCCUUGCAUUCACUCAAUCUUCUACGACACUCACUUUCACUCUCACCAGCGUCAAUCUCUAUUAUCCACCAUGCACUACACUUCCACCUUGGCCGCCCUGGCCCUCGCGGCUGCCACUGCCCAGGCUGCCCACCAGGGUUUCAACUACGGCAACAAGAAGCCCGAUGAGAGCUCCAAGUUCCAGGCCGACUUCGAGGCCGAGUUCAAGACCGCUAAGAACCUGGUUGGCACUUCGGGCUUCACCAGUGCUCGUCUCUACACCAUGAUCCAAGCCUACAGCACCAACGAUGUCAUCUCCGCCAUCCCCGCCGCCAUCGCGCAAGAUACUUCCCUCCUGCUCGGUUUGUGGGCCUCUGGAGGUGGCAUGGCCAACGAGAUCGCCGCCCUCAAGUCCGCCAUCUCCCAGUACGGCGACGACUUCGCCAAGCUCGUGGUCGGUAUCUCCGUCGGCAGUGAGGAUCUGUACCGCAACUCUGUCGAGGGUGUCCAGGCCUCGGCCGGUGUCGGUGUCAACCCCGAUGAGCUCGUCGAGUACAUCAAGCAGGUGCGCGAGGUCAUCGCCGGCACUAGCUUGGCCAAGGCUCCCAUCGGCCACGUCGACACCUGGGAUUCGUGGACCAACAGCUCCAACUCCGCCGUGAUCGAUGCUGUCGACUGGCUCGGUUUCGACGGCUACCCCUUCUGGCAGAAGACCUUCAAGAACGACAUCAGCAACGCCAAGGAGCUCUUCCUGGACUCUGUCGACAAGACCAAGGCCGUGGCUGGCGGCAAGGAGGUCUGGAUCACCGAGACUGGAUGGCCCGUCAGCGGUGACUCGCAGGGUGAUGCUGUCGCCAACACGGCCAACGCCAAGAUCUUCUGGGAUGAGGUUGGCUGCCCUCUGUUUGGCAACACCAACACCUGGUGGUACAUUCUCCAGGACACCAGCGCCACCAGCACCCCCAACCCUAGCUUCGGUAUCGUUGGCAGCACCCUGAGCACCACCCCUCUGUUCGACCUGUCUUGCAAGAACACCACCUCUUCUUCGUCUUCCUCCUCUUCCACCUCUGGUGCUGGCAAGUCUGGCUCUGGCUCUUCUUCUGGCUCUAAGUCCGGCUCCGGCUCUGGCUCUGGCUCCUCUGGCUCUGGCUCCGGUUCCUCCGGCUCUGGUUCCGGCUCCGGUUCCGGCUCCGGCUCUGGCUCCUCCGGCUCUGGCUCUGGCUCCUCCGGCUCUGGCUCCGCCUCCGGCAGCUGGGGUGGCCGCAACAGCACCUGGGCCGGCCACGGCAACGGCACCUACCCCGGCUUCAAGCCCUCCGCCAGCUUGGGUCUGAUCCCCUCCGCCAGUGCUGGUGCCGGUAGCUCCGGUUCUUCCAGCUCCGGCUCUUCUUCCUCCGGCACCGGCACCUCCGCUGCCGCCGCCUCUUCCUCCGGCCUCUUCACCGGUGGUUCCGGCCGUGUCCUCCCUGGCUCCCUGCUCGGUGCCGUCGUCGGUAUCAUCGCCCUGGCCGUCUUGUAAAUGAGAGGCUACGAGUGAGAUGAGGCGGUAGCAUUAGACAUAUUUUUCUCUUCGUGUACACUUUUAGGACGAUCGUUUAAUUCAAUGAUGCCGGGUUGUCUUCCGACUGUCUGUAAAGUACAGCACUAGAAUACACGAAUUGAUGUUAUCACACAUGUUGACUGAUGUUGUAAGCACGUAGGAGUAGGGUUGUGAAUUCUAACAUAUCUAGAUUGAGUGACUUGGACCCGUCAUAUCUUUCUAAUCUAAGAAAUCCCUGGCUACAACUUAUAUACGAACCUGAACACUCCGACCAAGCCACGAUGGAGGUGUCGUCCAAUCACUCAGUCUUGACCUUCAAACUCUGCUGCAAACACUCCACGACAUCCUCGACCGU